AUGAAGUCAGAGGAGCUGGUGCUUGCUAAUAUCCGCAAUUUUGCUGAGAGGAACUACCAUGGCAAGAAUCACUCGGUAUGGUCACGUUUGCCCGAGUCCCGAAGAGCUGCAGUGUUCAUAUUGUUAUUUCUAGGAAGUAUGGGCGAAUUAAGAGUGAUCUUAACCAAAAGAUCCUCGAAGUUGAGGAGCUUUCCAGGACAUAUUUCGUUGCCAGGAGGGAAAGCAGACUUCCCAGAAGAGACCGAGUGGCAAGUGGCUCGGAGAGAAAUGAUGGAGGAGAUUGGAAUUGAUGAGAAUAACGAAGACUUGAAGCAUAAAUACGGCUUCGAGAUCGACCACCUCAAUAUCAUGCCUAGCUACCUUCUGAGAACGUUCUCUGCGGUGCGUCCAUGUGUCGGAUUCAUGAGAAGUGUUAAUGGGUCCAAUAUAUCUCUGGACCUUCGUAUAAUCUUGAAUCCUGGUGAAAGUUCCAGCAUAUUCUCAUGUCCCCUCCGCGACUUCUUGUACCCGUUGGUGGACGAGCCUGCUAAGGAGAGCCUUGAGAGGACAUCACAUAUGUUCAAGUGGGGCGGAAUUCCUUGGAAUCUUCGUUCAUACUUGUUUUCGCAGAAUAACAUAAAUGAGGUGGACUGGCUCCGUGACAUCAAGGACUUGUCAGCCUCCGAGGAGGAGCACGAUUCAGAUUCUCCGGGAACGUCCAAGAAGAGCUUGAGUGAGUGGGGAAAGCUUGGUUCCAGAAGAGACGAGGAAACCAAUGAAAAGAUUUACGAUGUAUGGGGACUCACGGCGAAUAUCCUCCACGAUUUAGCGGAAAUAGCUUAUGAUGGUGGCCACUCCAAGAGGCAGUUGGGAGAGGAAGAGUUGAUCUAUAGUGUGUGGCACCACGGACGCCUGAUGCAGUCAGGAAAGAGGUCGGAAGAAGAAUCCAAAUUGAUCAGUUCUAAAGUCACUGACAAGUUUGGCUUCAACGAUAUCUUGCCUCGCACCGAGUUCCUCCGGUUGAAGGCUCUCUACAAGGAAUAA